GUGGAUUCGGUGCCCUAAACUUGAUCUCUCUGUCUCACAAAUGGAGUCUUUGCUAGCCAACUACGCUUCCUCCGACGAAGAGGAAGAGCAACAGCACCAACAACCUCCUCCUCCUCUUCACGUUUCCUCUCUCCCUCAACCCAAAUCAUCUGCCCUUUUCUCUUCUCUUCCGCAGCCAAAACAACCCUCCAAAGCCCCCAACGUCCCAAUCGACCAUGCUAACCAAAGAGAAGAUGUCGAAAUUCCGAAACCCUCUGUUCCUCAUCCCAAAACCCCAUCCAAUCUUUUCUCUUCUCUUCCUCAACCCAAAUCUCAAACCCCACAGGAACAGCUACCAACCAAUCCUUCCAAUGUCAAAAGAAUUGUCCAAUUCAAGCCUCCCAUAAUCCGCACCAAUCACGAUGAUGACGAUGAUGACGAUGGCGAUGACGAUGACGAAGAGAAAGAAAGACGAAGGCGCAGAGAAUCCGAAACCCUGGCUCAAGGUCCUUCAGUAAAAUCCUUUCUAUCUAGCAUUCCUGCGCCCAGGAACUCGACUACGUUGGGUGUUGCUCCCUCUUCAGGUUCAGGGAGAAGAUCCAUUAUCGAAACCCAAGUGCCCACAUCGACUUCAGCCGCUUUUGAAGACAAAAAUGAGGCAAGUAUUAAUCAAAAUGCACCCAAUCAUUCGAAUUAUGAAUCGGGUGUUGAUUCAAGUGCUGGAAACUCUGGGAAUUAUCAAUCGAGUAUUAGUCAUAAUGCUGGCAACUAUGGACACUCUGAAUCAGUUGUUGACCAAAAUGUAGGCCAUUAUGCAACUUAUGCUGAUUUUAGUAGCUAUCAAUCGAGUAGUGAUCCAAAUAUUGGGAGCAUUGGUGGGGUUAAUAGUUAUGGGACUGACGGGAAUUUCCAUGGACAAUAUGAGAAUAAUUGGGUUGAUGGGUCAGCUGCGACUACGUUGCCAGAGACCACUGGGAUAGCUGAAAUUGGGGUGAAAGUUAAAGGAAAGAGAGGGAGGAAUGAGUUACCUACAGAGAUUGUUGAGGUGAAGCAGGAUGAGCUUAUGAAAAAUCGGCCGAGGGAAGACCAGGUCAGGAUGACUGGAAUUGCUUUUGGGCCUUCUUACCAGCCUGCUGCGACAAAAGGGAAACCUUCAAAACUUCACAAGAGGAAGCAUCAAAUUGGUUCUCUGUACUUUGAUAUGAAGCAAAAGGAGAUGGAGCUGCAGGAGAGGCGAUCUAGAGGCUUGCUCACUAAAGCUGAAACACAAGCCAAGUACGGAUGGUGAUCUUGUAAAAUUGACCAAUCUGAAAUAGAAUGGUAGUUGGUGGUAGUUCCUGUACAUCUUGUCUCCUUUUUUUCUCAAAAGUUGUGUCAAUUAUCUGCACUAAUAUUUCUACAAGCUGCAUUAUUAUUAGUGUUAAGGAAUUUUCUUUACAGGAUAUCUUUAUUUUAAGCUGAGAACUUCAGAAUAUAUGAAAUUGACAGAAAAUGUUAUUGAGCUCUGA